AAAAUUGAAUUUGUUUAUGGUUGCCGAUUGCUUUUGCUUUGCUAACGCUUUGUUGAGUUAUCGAGUGAUUUGUAUUAAAAAAUCUAAUUUGGAUCUCGGAUAAAACUAAAAGUGAAUCCAAAAUGUCCGUGGCUUUUGCGCCAAGGGGAAAUAGACCACCUCUGACUCCUGCACAAAUUCAGAAAAUGUUAGAUGAAAACGCUCAUUUAAUACAAACGAUUCAAGAAUAUCAGGCAAAAGGCCAGUUAAUGGAAUGUCACCAAUACCAGCAAGUUUUACAUAGAAACUUAGUUUAUUUGGCAUCAGUAGCUGACGCUAAUCAAAAUAUUCAAGCAAUUCUACCGCCACCACACCAGCUGGCUGCUGGUAAUGUUCCACAAGGACCGAUGAAUACUCCAUCAAGUGCUGCAGAAGUGCCAGGAUCACCACAACAAGCAUACAGACCUCCCUCAGGAGUUUCCACAGCACCUACCAGACCAACACAGUCUUAUGGACAAAGGCCAUAUCCACAAAAUCAAUAUCAGGGCCAGUAUCAAGGAGCCCCAGGUGUUUAUCCUCCCCAAGGUGGAUAUGGUCCUCCUAGUCAAGGUUAUGGACCACCAAAUCCAUCACAACAAGGCCCCCAAGGAUAUGCUCCUAACUCUACUUAUGGCCCUCCCAUAACUACAACACCUAGCAAUUAUCCACCAUCUACGCAUCCAGGCCCAGGGUAUCCACCAUCAACAGCUCAACAGCCAUAUGCACCUCCACCUGGUAGUCCAGCUGCUUCAGGGUCGCCAUACCCAGUUCGUGGUGCAAGUCAGCCUGUUUAUACUGGCAAUUCUGCAUACCCACCUCCACAGUCAGGUGCAAAUUAUCCAAAUGUUAGUGUUAGCACUUACAACUCAACAUCUGCUCAACCACAGCCAUAUCAAUCUCAACCAUUUCCAAACACUACACCCACUUCUGCAUAUAGCUCCACUCCGAUUUCUCAACCAAACCGGUCCCCUCAGCCACCUCCUAGUGGAUAUACAUCGCAAAAUCCAACAAGUUCAGGCUAUGGUUCUCCAUCAGCACAGUCACCUACUUAUAAUUCCAGUUCUCACGGAAACAACGCUCCUCCUUCAACUGUCGCAUCUGGAGUGCAAUCUCAAGGUGGUCCACCUGGACAGCAGUAUCCACCUUCCGGGCAACCAUCACCCUAUCCUCCUGCCACACAACCACCAUAUUCUAAUCCUUCCUCGCAACCUGGUAGCCCUGCACCGUCAGUGUCGACUGCACCCCCACCACAAUCUACAUAUCCCCAGAAUCCACAGAAUUAUCCACCCAGUGGUGGGGCGUAUCCUCCGCAUGCUUAUCAGCAAGGUUAUCCUCCUUCUCAAUAUCCUCCAUCUCCAUAUCCAUAUGCUCGGGCUCCAGCGCCUGGGGCUCCUCCCUCUGGUGCACCACAGCCAUACCCAGGCUAUGGUUUCCAACCUCCCAACCAGCAAUAGAUCUAAUUAAAUAGGAAUAAAUAAAAUAUUAUGCCUGAUGUUUAAAGAAGUUCUGCUCAAAUGCUGUGUGUAAUCAAAAUACUUUUUUUUGUUGUCACUAGUAUUAAGUGUAACAUGUGUUUAUAGCAAUUGAUUGGACAUAAUUGUAUAUUUAUCUUAUUAUGUGCUUUGAUAUUACAUGUUUUGUCUAUGUAGGAAGUUUAAAUUAAACUAAAAUAUACAUCCCAAUAAAAUUUAGGAAAGUAGAACAAAUGUUAUAAAUCAAAAUUAGGUAGCCUAUAAUUUAUAAGUGAUUAUUGAAUUAAAUGAUUUUCUUAUUGAAAAAA